AUGCAGCAUACCGAGUCGACAAAGGCGAUGCACCGGGGCGCGAACGCGGCCAUCUUCUCGACCGAGUUCACGACUGCGCUGCAUGAGGAUGCGGUGGAUAGAGCGGAAUCGCCGCUCCCGAGCAAAAUGGCCGCCAACCUGACGGGCGGGCCCAGCCCGGCAUUCAGCGCGCAGGGCGCGGUCGGGAAGCAGUUUACGCCGGAGGGCUCGGUGGGCGGCAUGGCGCAGAAGCUGGGCGGGCCGUUUGACGCCAAGGGCGCCAUUGGCAAGCAGUUCACGGAGCAGGGCUCCAUCGGCGGCAUGGUGCAGGAUGGGGGCAGCGACGGGUCGGGCGGCGGCUUGCGCAAGUGAUGUUGUUUUGGGUGGGGCUGAAGAUAUGGAAAAUGACGACGCCGGAGGCUGGGGACUGGGGCUGUGAUAGAUGUACAUACGACCGGG